CUGUCCCACAAGCCCCUCCCUGUUUUUUCCUUCCCGAAGUUUUUCUCUCCUGAACUUUGACGCUGAUCGUCUCCGUGUGAAGCUCCGUGUUAAGGUAGAAAGUGUGUGUGAGCUGAAUUGAGCAGCAUGGAUCAGUGUGAGGACAGAGAGGAGGGAGUCCCUCCCUCUAAAAGCACUCUGUGUGGGGAACAUGAGAGCCAGACCAAAGCUCAGAGGAACCCACCUGGACCUCCACCCAGCUCUGUGUCCUUACAGAGUGACGCGUCUAAAGAUGAUCCCUAUAAUUUUAAAGUGUCUGCUGCAGAGAGAGGUCAGAGGUCACAGUCUGCAGGGUCCAGCUGUCCAUCUGUGAGGAGUGACCGGUCCAAACCUGAAAAUCCAGACUUCAGUGGUGAACCUGGACCAACGAGAGUGGACCAGCAGAGCUCAGAGGUCCCCAGUGGUCAGUCUGCCCAGCAGCAUCAAACACAGCUGGACUCCAUAUUUAUGCUGCUGGAGGACAACAUCAUCACUUUUGUGAAGAACGAGCUGAAGAAGAUCCAGAAGGUUCUGAGUCCAGAUUACCCAGAAUGCUUAGAGAGUCAGAGGAGCAGCAGCAGAGAGGCAUUUGUGAAGAUCACAGUGGACUUCCUGAGGAGAAUGAAGCAGGAGGAGCUGGCUGAACGUCUGCAGAGCAAACUUCAUGCUGCAGUUUGUCAUCGUAACCUUAAAUCCACCCUGAAGAAAAAGUUCCAGUGUGUGUUUGAGGGCAUCGCUAAAGCAGGAAGCCCAACCCUUCUGAAUCAGAUCUACACAGAGCUCUACAUCACAGAGGGAGGGACUGCAGAGGUCAAUGAUGAACAUGAGGUCAGACAGAUUGAAACAGCAUCCAGGAAACCAGACAGACCAGAAACAACCAUCAGACAAGAAGACAUCUUUAAAGCCUCACCUGGAAGAGAUGAACCAAUCAGAACAGUGCUGACAAAGGGAGUGGCUGGCAUUGGGAAAACAGUCUUAACACAGAAAUACACCCUGGACUGGGCUGAAGACAAAGCCAACCAGGACAUCCAGUUCAUAUUUCCAUUCACUUUCAGAGAGCUGAAUGUGCUGAAAGAGGAAAAGUUCAGCUUGGUGGAACUUGUUCAUCACUUCUUUACUGAAACCAAAGAAGCAGGAAUCUGCAGCUUUGAAGACUUCCAGGUUGUGUUCAUCUUUGAUGGUCUGGAUGAGUGUCGACUUCCUCUGGACUUCCACAAAACUACAAUCCUGACUGACCCUAGAAAGUCCACCUCAGUGGAUGUGCUGCUGAUAAACCUCAUCAGGGGGAAACUGCUUCCCUCUGCUCGCCUCUGGAUAACCACACGACCUGCAGCAGCCAAUCAGAUCCCUCCUGACUGUGUUGGCAUGGUGACAGAGGUCAGAGGGUUCACUGACCCACAGAAGGAGGAGUACUUCAGGAAGAGAUUCAAAGAUGAGGAGCAGGCCAGCAGGAUCAUCUCCCACAUCAAGACAUCACGAAGCCUCCACAUCAUGUGCCACAUCCCAGUCUUCUGCUGGAUCACUGCUACAGUUCUGGAGGAUGUGCUGGAAACCAGAGAGGGAGGACAGCUGCCCAAGACCCUGACUGAGAUGUACAUCCACUUCCUGGUGGUUCAGGCCAAAGUGAAGAAGGUCAAGUAUGAUGGAGGAGCUGAGACAGAUCCACACUGGAGUCCAGAGAGCAGGAAGAUGAUCAAGUCUCUGGGAAAACUGGCUUUUGUUCAGCUGCAGAAAGGAAACCUGAUCUUCUAUGAAUCAGACCUGACAGAGUGUGGCAUCGAUAUCAGAGCAGCCUCAGUGUACUCAGGAGUGUUCACACAGAUCUUUAAAGAGGAGAGAGGACUGUACCAGGACAAGGUGUUCUGCUUCAACCAUCUGAGUGUUCAGGAGUUUCUGGCUGCUCUUCAUGUCCAUCUGACCUUCAUCAAGUCUCGAAAAAAUCUGCUGGAAGAACAACAGAGAACCUCAAUGUUGUCUAAAUUAAUUAACAAACCAAACCUACAAUCCUUCCACCAGAGUGCUGUGAACAAGGCCUUACAGAGUUCAAAUGGACACCUGGACUUGUUCCUCCGCUUCCUCCUGGGUCUUUCCCUGCAGACCAACCAGAGUCUCCUACGAGGUUUGCUGACACAGACAGGAAGUAGCUCAAAGACCAAUCAGGAGACAGUCCAGUACAUCAAGAAGAAGCUCAGUGAGAAUCUGUCUGCAGAGAAAAGCAUUAAUCUGUUUCACUGUCUGAAUGAACUGAAUGAUCGUUCUCUAGUGGAGCAGAUCCAACAGUCCCUAAGAUCAGGACGUCUCUCCACAGAUAAACUGUCUCCUGCUCAGUGGUCAGCUCUGGUCUUCAUCUUACUGUCAUCAGAAAAAGAUCUGGAUGUGUUUGACCUGAAGAAAUACUCUGCUUCAGAGGAGGCUCUUCUGAGGCUGCUGCCAGUGGUCAAAGCCUCCAACAAAGCUCUACUGAGUGGCUGUAACCUCUCAGAGAGAAGCUGUGUAGCUCUGUCCUCAGUUCUCAACUCCCAGUCCUCUAGUCUGAAAGAGCUGGACCUGAGUAACAACGACCUGCGGGAUUCAGGAGUGAAGCUUCUGUCUGCUGCACUGCAGAGUCCACAUUGUACAGUGGAAACUCUCAGAUUGAAGGACUGUGGUUUGUCAGAGAUCAGCUGUGAUUAUCUGGCAGCAGCACUGAAGUCCAACCCCUCGUAUCCCAGAGUGCUGGACCUGAGUGUAGACUACAACAACCUGCAGGAUUCAGGAGUGAAGCAGCUGUGUGUUCUUCUGGAGAAUCCACGAUGUCGAUUUGAAACUCUGAGAUUGGUGGGCUGUGAUUUGUCAGAGAUCAGCUGUGAUUAUCUGGCAGCAGCGCUGAAGUCCAACCCCUCCCAUCUGAGAGAGCUGGACCUGAGUGGAAACUACAAAAACCUGCAGGACUCAGGAGUGAAGCAUCUGUGUGGUUUCCUGGAGAAUCCACGAUGUCGAUUUGAAACUCUGAGACUGAGUCUCUGUGACCUGUCAGAGAGAAGCUGUGAAGCUCUGUCCUCAGCUCUCAGCUCUCAGACCUCUAAUCUGAGACAGCUGGACCUGAGUAACAACGACCUGAAGGAUUCAGGCGUGAAGCUUCUGUCUGAAGGACUGAAGAGUCCACACUGUACACUGGAAACUCUCAGUCUGUCAGGCUGUCUGAUCACAGAGGAAGGCUGUACUUCUCUGGCCUCAGCUCUGAGCUCCCAUCUGAGAGAGCUGGACCUGAGCUACAAUCAUCCAGGUGACUCAGGAAUGAAGCUGCUGUCGGCUGGACUGAAGGAUCCAGGCUGGAGACUGGACACUCUCAGGGUGGAGCCUGCUGGAGUCCGAUGGUUGAGACCAGGUCUGAGGAAGUAUUCCUGUCAACUCACAAUCGACACAAACACAGUGAACACAAAGCUCCAACUGUCUGACAACAACAGGAAGGUGACACAUGUGGAGGAGUUUCAGUCAUAUCCUGAUCAUCCAGACAGAUUUGAUGUUCAUCGUCAGCUGCUGUGUAGAAAUGGUCUGACUGGUCGCUGUUACUGGGAGGUCGAGUGGAGAGGAAAAGUUUAUAUAUCAGUGAGUUACAGAAGCAUCAGAAGCAAAGGAGGCAGUGACUGUGGGUUUGGACACAAUGAUCAGUCCUGGAGUCUGGAGUGCUAUAAUAGUGCUCCUUGUUAUGUCCUCCACAAUAACAGAGAAACAUCCAUCUCCUCCUCCUCCUCCUCCUCCUCCUCCUCCUCUGUCUCUAACAGAGCAGCAGUGUAUGUGGACUGUCCUGCUGGCACUCUGUCCUUCUACAGAGUCUCCUCUGACACUCUGAUCCACCUCCACACCUUCAACACCACAUUCACUCAAACUCUUUAUCCUGGGUUUAGGUUCUGGUCUGGUUCCUCAGUGUCCCUGUGCUGA